AUGAACAGACAAAUGAUGCAGCUUUCAAAUCAGCUACAUAAAGCAAUAUUUCCACCACUAGAGAAAAGCGCACGGAAUCUAGAAGAGUCGUCGGCUAUAGAUAUCGGAGUCGAGGUGGGCAGUGAGCCUGCUGCUGACACUCGGCCUGUCAAACGGAAAGACCGAUCGCAACUGGAAAAUGGAAAUAAAAGGAGAAAAAAGGAAGCACGAACAACCUCAUUGACUCCCUCCCAGAACAACGUAGAACAACAUUCUAACAAUAAAAUGGUCACCGGAUGGCAACUGGGAAACUUUUCCAAGGAGGUAAUGGACGCCUACACAAUAAGCGACCAAUGUGCACUGUUUUUGGAAGUGACCACCAGUUUCAGCUCUAGAUGGAGGCAGACAAGAACAAAUGCCGUGUUACAGGAUGCUUGGAACACACAUCGAUGA